AUGUCGAUUGCAGAAAUCUUGCCGCUUGAAAUCAUCGAUAAGACUGUCGGACAACCGGUGUUAGUGAUGCUCACGUCGCACCGCGAGUUUUCAGGUACGUUGGUGGGCUACGACGAUUUCGUAAAUGUGGUCCUGGAGGAAGUGGUGGAGUACGACCACGAUCAGGAGAUUAAGAGACAUGCCGGCAAGAUGCUACUGAGCGGGAACAAUAUAGCAAUGCUGGUGCCCGGAGGCAAACGUGUACAAUAG